GUGGAGGCUGGACGAGGGUGACGAGAAGAACAAAUCCUUCCCCUUAUCGUAAGGAAAAAUCCUCCCUCCCCGUAUAGAAAAGGAAAUUUGUGAUGCUGAUUUGUGACCACAGACGAGCUUCGUCUUGCGUACAAGGCAAACGGCUCCCAUGUGGCCGCGCAUGGUGCAGCGAGUCUGUCAUGCGUUUCCGCCAAUGUCAGACUUGUUUCUCAUGCCCUGCUGCUAGCCGGAGGCGUAGUACCCAAAUGGGCUUAGAAUUAUAUGCCGACAAGCUCUUGGCGCAAUAAAAAGCUCAUUUGUGUACACGAAUCCUGCAACACAAAUUGUCUUUUGAAUAUGUGGAGGGGUCUUUUUUCACUUUGAUACCCCUCCGGGUAUGCGCUGGAAGAGUAUCUGCAGGAAAAACCGCGCCGGUCAUCGGAAAUAUCCGAGCGGAGCUGCGUAGGUGGACAGUGUGAAGAAAACACGACGCAGGAGGCAGCAGAUGACGUCACGGACCUCGUGCCCGAGAAGCAUGGUCACAGUAAAAGCCACGACGACCAUAUCGUCGCAGGCAGCGGUAAAAUGACGCAACUAAACACGGAAGUCGCAGAUCUCGCCUCCCUAGCGGAGAUCACGAUAGCCAGAAAUGAUCCGCCGUAUAGAACCACCAGCGCGAAGAUGACAGGAGGUCGUGGACAGGCACAACCAAAACGCCACGAAAUAGCAGAGACCGAUGCUGGUCGUGCAAGACCAAUCGACAGGGAAGAGGACGCUGCCACGCUGCUCGAUGCGGAGGAGGAACAGCGCUUCCUCGAGGGAGAGGACGACGAGCAUGGAUCUUCGGGGCGCCACUACCGUGAUCGUGCGCAAGAGUAUAUGAAAAAAAUGGAACAGAUAUACCAGGCAAGCCUUUAUGAAGAAAAUCGAAAUGGCCCGUCAACUUCACCCACAAAUGGCAAUGCAAAUAGCGCAGAGACGAGCUACAGCAGAACACCACACGCACACCCCGAUAAAGAACGAGCAGACGGAGGUGCAGAAAGAAGUGGGCGCUCGACGUCAGGUGGCCAGGGCAAGGCUGCGUCUGGAACUACGACGACCAGAUGCGAAAAUAAAUUGGCAAGACGACGAGGAGGAGGGCUACACCCUGCUACAACACGGUAGCUCCGCGAUCUCGUUCUCGGACGGCGGGCGAGGCAGAAUCUAUGUGAACAGAAUCUAUGUUGUACAGUAAUCGAAAGAACCAGCACCGGAAAGACGGAAUCACGACUCGGAAGAAACCUGAUUCAAGAAUCGAACGGAAUCCUGAUCCAAGAAUCGUCGAACGCGCCAGACAGUCCUCCACUCGAAAGAACACUCGUGGCUUAGGGGCACAGGCGGGGGAAUAGACAUCUUCACCUUCCUCAAAAAUUUUGAACUCGAAAAAGAAAACUGUGUUGAACCUCUGCUACUUUUUUAUCUGACGCAAGCCAAAGGGGGCCACAAGAAUGUGAGACUAUGAAUAAAAGAUUUUGGAUCGAUACAACAACG